CUUCCCCUUACUGUUGCUCUCGCUCUUGCUCUUGCUCUUGCUAUUGCUCUUGCUCUUGCUCUUGCUCCUCCUCCCCGCUACCUGCUCCUGCUCCUGCUCGUCCACCACAGGCUGUCAAUUGCUUCCCUGUCACACCCCCUCCUUCUCAAUUCCUCGACUUCAUCCUCCCCCUCCUCUUUCCUCCGUCAUGUAAGUCCUCCACCCGAUUGUCUCGACUCGAAUCUUGCCUGGUUCUGCACCCACGCCCCCUGCCUCGUUCUCAUCCUCCUGCCCUCCUUUUCCCCUUCUUCUUUCAUCCCCCUCUUCCCACAGACCCUGGGGUCAACCAAGCCAAUCCAAUCCACUAGACACACUCGAUCCCCCAUCGAGUCAUUGAUCUCUUCCACCAACGCCAACCAAUUGUCGGCUCUUGACAUCGUCGGCGGGUCGACUUGCCGACCUUUUCCCCUACCUUACAGUACGUAUAGGUACGUCUUGUUCCUUCCCCUGCGCUUUUCGACUGAAAUGCUCUCCAUCCAUCCCACAGCUGACCCCCCGAGCUUUGAGGUUACCCUCCUGCCAUUGGAAGAUGACGCCGUAGCCCGGUGGUACCUUGAAUGA